AUGGAAAAGGACAAGAGCUCAUCGCUUCAGCAAUGGUGUGGUCAUGUUCAGGUCUCCAAUAAUUUUCCGAAUAGGGGGAAGAGAAUAGAUUUUUGGCCUUUGAAGUUAAAUGUUGGAAAUUCGAAUGAUGCUUAUGAUAAAGCUUUCUUGUUUGCAUAUAAUGUUCUUAAAAAGGCUGACAUGAUCCAGAAAAAUGCAGUUGAAAGUAUCUUGGCGGAAUGUUCAUUUGUGCUAUCUGCCACAGGUUAUUAUUUGACCGACUUUGGGCUCUCAAAGGUUGGUCUUAUCAACAGUAAUGAUGAUUUAUCCGGCCCAGCCGUAAGUACCACAUCUCUAAUGGUGGAAGAUGAGCCCGAGUUAUCUGUGCCUGAGCAUCAGCAAGAAAGACGAAAGAAACGUUCUGCUGUUGGCACACCUGACUAUUUGGCACCAGAGGUACUAUUGGGAACAGGACAUGGUACAACUGUCGAUUGGUGGUCAGUUGGUGUGAUUUUGUUUGAACUGAUUGUUGGUAUUCCACCCUUCAAUGCAGAGCAUCCUCAGGACAAGCUUAUUGCACUUUCUUUACGUAUCUUUUCACUGGUCUUGUGGGGUCUUGAGUAG